CAGCCCCACACACACACACACACACACAGACAGGGAAUUUACAGACUGCUGCACAACUCCGCCAGGGUACACAACCAAGCGCACGUCGUUUCCGCGAUCAACAGACGCAGCAGCAGCAGCCAUGGACCUGCACCGGACCAGUAUAUUGAACCAGAUGGAUUACAGCCGGGAGUCUAAAGAGGGGAAGCCGCCGGUUCAGGCGACGGAGGAGCGGCUCGACAGCGGCCUGGACUCCCUGAAGGAGGAGGAGUACCAGGCGGUGGCGGCCGAGAUCCGGGGGCUCCAGGUGAGCUGUGAUCCGCCGCAGCACCGACAGAGUCCCGCUGCAGGAGAAGAGCAGCCGGAGUGGAGGACACAGGUCACGGAGGACGGAGACACGCUACUUCACCUGGCCAUCAUCCACGAGGCCAAGGACUACAUCAAAACCAUGAUUGAUGUGUCCAAGAACACAGACUUCCUGAACACACAGAACGACCUGAGACAGACUCCUCUCCACUUAGCGGUCAUAACAAACCAGGCCGACGUGUGUCAGCAGCUCGUGGCGUCUGGCUGUGACCCCACGCUGGUGGACAACAGAGGGGACACUGCCCUUCACAUUGCCUGUCGCCAUGGCAACCUGCUGUGCUUCAGUGUCCUCACCCAGUACAGUCAGAAAGACCACCUACACACAGUGAUGGCUGCCUGCAACUAUAAUGGUCAGAACUGCCUCCACCUUGCUUCAGUCCAUGGUUUCCUCUCACUGGUGGAGAACAUGGUGGAACUAGGAGCUGAUAUUAAUGCAAAGGAGCAGCAUAACGGUCGUGGUGCACUCCAUCUGGCAGUGGAUCAGCAGAAUCUCUCACUGGUCAAAUUGCUGCUGAAAAAAGGAGCAGACCCCAACCUCCUGACCUCUGGAGGCCACACCCCCUACCACCUCACCUACGGUUACGGCAGUUGCGACAUCAGGGAAGAGCUGUACUCGCUGACCAAUCCAGACCUGAGGGAGCUGCCUGACAGCGAAUCGGAUGACAGCGAGGAAGAGGAGGACGAGAAGUCUGACGAGGAGGUGGGUUAUGACGACAUUCACUGGAAUGGACAGUAGCAGGAAACGGGACAAGAGAGGGGAAAUUACAGAGGUGUGUGGCUUUGAUGACGACGGUAAAAGACGGGAGAGACGGCUCGUGUGCUGCUUCCUGGAGCGACGUCACAGGAAUGUGUGGCUGACACGGUGCAGACGUGACCACUGACAAAACGGAUCGGACAGGCGGCUGCGAAGGCAAAGACAACAAGAGACUGGUAGCCAAAUGAACCAGCGAGCCUGCUCCGCCGGAGAGCGAACACAUGAUGUGAACACACAACACAUUAUGGUGGGAUGGCACCGCUGCAUUAUAAGAGAAUCGCUUGCAUUCUGUGGACAUGAUUGUCACAAAAACACAUCCACCCACACAGAUGUACCUGCAACAGCUCUGUUGUAUGAUAUUGUAAAUGCUGUGUAUACUAAGAUGUAUUUUUUAUGGAAGCUGUGAAUGUGUACAGUUGAGUAGGUUGUAUAUGUCAGAUAGCAAACAGUCCAGCACACUCCAGUUAAAUUAAAAGACUCAUAUUUAACAGUGAAA